AUGUCUGAAAAAAUGCAAGAAGAAAACGUAACACAACAACAAUCGACUCCGAAGGAGAAUACUACAACCACUACAUCGACUUCGAGUGCAAAGAGGAUAAUAAAGAAGAGUUCGAAUAAGAAGAAGAGAAAGAACGUUUGCUAUAUGGAUAACUGUUCAAAUGCAGCUUUAAAAUUCAUUGGUGAUUGUAACUUCUGUCAUGGUCAUUAUUGUUCAAAACAUAGAAUCAUGGAAAAUCAUAAAUGUACAGGACUAGAUAGUUGUAAAGAACAAAUGCAUAAGAGAAAUGCUGAUAAAUUAGAUAGAGAACAAACUAUAAUACCAAAGAUUCAAAUAUAA